UCGUCCUUUGUCUCAAACGCCAUAUGCAGUACUGAAGGCGGACAAGCAAUGUGAGGGUCAGAAUCAACAUCAUCCGGCAAAUAUCACUAAUAGAGCUGACAAAGCCAACACUCAAGUCAGUGUUGAGGGUGAUUUAGGUGCCAAGUUUCGCGUCUCUCUGGAUGAGUGGCUGCAGCCACUCCCUUCCUGCCAAGAGUUAGAGGUAGAAAUGCACUACCUUUUGUUAGUGCAUGAUUUUGCUUCUUUGUGUUCUUUUGAUCUUCUUUUUUCAUUUUUAUUUAUGCUUACCCCCAUUUGUUUGUUUCUUAUUUUCUGUGCCAGAUACCUUUGCACUUGAAGCCUAUAUAUGAGAAGCACAAAAAUCUCUAUGCGGCAGAGUUGAAGAAAGUUGUUACCUCUUUUGGGCAGGUCCUGCAGUCAACUUUCUGCAAGCGGUUGGGUCUCAUGUUGAUGGAAGCGCACUCCAAUGCAGUGUCAAACCAUGAGCACAGGAGUGAAGGUUUUGUCGCCCCAAGAGUCAUUGCAACAAGCAGUGUCGAGCGCACGGGAGCGGUGACUUUUGGCACCCCAACAGCCACUGCAGCAGGCAUUGCUAUCCACUCUUCCAAGUGUCCAUUAUCGGAUCCUGAUUCCCGGGCAGAAGCAGGUGCUGAUGAUCAGAACAAGGCACAACCUGGUGGUGUAGUUGCUGCUCCCAAAGUAGUGGAGACCGGUGCAUUAGCUGAGAAGGUUGGGGUGGAACCGGAACAGGGGGCGGGUCAAAGCACAAGCGUUGCUAAGCGUUCCAGGGCUGCUGCGUUGCAACAAGGUGAGAGUAGCAAUCAUUCUCAUGGGAAGGAUUGUGUGGAGCAGGAGGAAGUUAUACAUCAGGGCGGAAAGGUGACCCCCAAAGAUGCUUGCAACAUGGAUCCUUCGGGAGCUUCUGAUAAGGUUGAAACACCAGUUCUUUCCCAGGGCACGGUGCAGGCAAUGAUGGUAACUGCCUUGGAGUGGGAAGAUGGCCCAUCUUGUGCUCUUUUCUCGGAGGGGACCGAAGACUAUGAGUGGAUGAAUCAAAAAGUAGACAUACCAGUCAAGCAUGUGCAGAAUUCAAUCCCAUCAGUGCCAAACUUUGACAACACUCCUCAAGUUGAAAGGCCUAGCAACCUCCCAACCGCAACAUUUGACACAGCUCCAAAGCUCCCUAGGGCAAACGACAUUCCGGGGCCUGUGUUUGAUGUGUCCCCCAUCUCAUUCAAAAACGCUUCCUCCGAUGGACCUCAAGGUUUUUUCUUGCUUCAGAACACAAGCUCCUUUUUAUCUAAGAGUUUUCUCAGUGCGUUUCCUUUUUGCAUUCUCAUUUUUCUUUCUGUUUUUUGUGUUGUUGCAAUGUUGUGCAGUAGUAGUGGAUUUGCACGAGACAACCGAGGCGAAUGUUGAGGUCAGGGGUGAGUCCAACAGUCUUGGUAAACAGUCAAAGAAGAAAAGGGUGGCUGUCUCCCCAGACAAUGUGCCAACGAUGAAGAAGAUUAAGGUUGAUGCACACGGUGAUGCCUUACACCAUCAGUAUGUAAUGACCAGAUACAAGACAAGAAAACCAAAGAAAAACGAGCUUCUGCCCGACUUCAUUGAAAUAGAUGGCUUCCAUACAUCUCUCGAGAAUUUUCAUGCAUCUCUAAAGCCAAGAGCGGAGAUUGACAAUGAGGUCAUGACCUUAUACCUGAAGACAUUCAACUAUGAUCAGUC